AUGCAAUCCGUACAGGGUCUGCACCGGGCCUUCAUUGCGUUGGGAAGCAAUGUCGGAGACCGGGUGGAGAUGAUCGAAAAGGCCUGUCUGGAGAUGGACCGAGCUGGUAUCAAAGUCAAACGGACCAGCUCGCUGUUCGAGACGACUCCCAUGUACGUCCUUGACCAGGGCACUUUUAUGAAUGGAGUCUGCGAGGUUGAAACCAGUCUCGCGCCACUGGACCUUCUCGAUACGCUCCAGUCCAUCGAGAUUGCCCUGGGACGAAAGAAAUUAAUCGACAAGGGGCCUCGGUCAAUUGACCUGGACAUCCUCCUGUACGGCCAAGAGGUGUUUACUCAUGAGCGCCUCAACAUCCCACACAGCCUGAUGCUCGAGCGGGACUUUGUUCUCCGACCUCUAUGCCAACUAAUCCCCAACAACCGCCCACCCACACCCCAAAAGAACUCACAGACAUACGCCUCCUACCUGCGAGCCCUACCACCACCAUCCCCAACCCCACAGUCCACAACCCCAAUCUCCCCCCAAUUCCCAUCCCUGCACUCCACAGACCCUAACCGCCCCACCCACAUAAUGGCCAUCCUCAACCUAACGCCAGACUCCUUCUCCGACGGCGGGUUACACAACACCAAAAGCCUCGCCGAGCUCACAGCCACAGUCCGCGCCUUCAUCGCCAACGGCGCCACAAUUAUCGACAUAGGCGGCGAAAGCACCCGCCCCGGGUCUGCUCCCAUCGGCGCAGACGAGGAAAUCGCCCGCGUCGUCCCCGUAAUCACACACAUCCGGUCCUCGAUGCCGGAAGCGGCACAUAUCGCCAUCAGCAUCGACACCUACCGCGCACGAGUUGCCGAAGCGGCUUGUGCCGCUGGGGCAGACAUCAUCAACGACGUCUCGGCGGGUCUUCUUGACAAGGACAUGCUGUCUACCAUUGCGCGGACAGGGAAGACCGCGAUUCUGAUGCAUAUGCGUGGCACGCCGCAAACAAUGACAAAGCUACACGACUACCCUGGCGGCGUCAUUCCAGACGUAGCAGCCGAGCUCCGUGCCCGUCUCGCCGCAGCAGAGGAAGCCGGAAUUCGGCGCUGGCGAAUCAUUCUCGAUCCCGGCCUCGGGUUCGCGAAGAACCAGCCGCAAGACCUGGCGAUUCUGCGGGAUUUGGCUUCGCUCCGCACGGCAGACGGGUUGGAUACCCUGCCGUGGUUGAUGGGGCCCAGUCGGAAACGGUUUAUCGGGCAUAUCACCGGUGUGCAGACGCCCCGUGAACGGGUCUGGGGGACGGCGGCGACGGUUACGGCGAGUGUGGCUGGUGGGGCGGAUAUUGUGCGCGUGCAUGAUGUUCUAGAGAUGGGGCACGUUGCUAAGGUUGCGGAUGCGAUUUAUCGAGUUUAG